AUGGAUUUCCCGGCAGAUCCGGGCUCACGGUAACUGGUUGUAAACUGUUAACUUUACCCUUAGCUCUACCAGAGGUGCUUCGAAACAACGUCGUGAGCUGAUCAACAUUGAAAUCCAGAAGAUCCGAGACCUCCUUCCAUUAAAUUCUUGUGUCAAGGAUCGUCUAUUUCAGUUACAAGUUAUGUCGUUGGCUUGUAUUUACAUCAGAAAACACAAGUAUUUACCUUACAGUAAGCCCAAAAUAUUCAAUUUUUUAUUUAUUUUUUAUUGUUUGAAAGUAUUAUUUUUUACAAUUACAGUACUCCAAACCUGCGGUAAAAACUACCCUUUACCGUAUUCCACGGCGACUCCGCGAGGCUGCGACAGCUGUAAGGCCCUCAGGGGAUUUCUUUUGAUGGUCACAAAGGAGGGCAAACUUCUUUAUAUUUCGGAUAAUGCCAGUGAAUAUCUGGGGUAUUCCGUGGAGGAAAUCAUGUGUCAAGGCGACAGUUUAUACGAUCUGGUGGAUGUCAGAGAUCAUUUGAGUCUUCGAAACGAGUUGUAUAUUGGCCCCUUAUCCGGUUAUUCCGAGUAUUAUCCGCAUGAAUCUGUCUUCGUAUGUCGCAUGAAUCUGUCGCGGACGGCCAAACGACAAGUACAAUAUUAUAAGGUGAGUGUUGUAGGAAAAAAAUGUAUCCUUUGUUUUGAAGUACUCAGAAGAAUUUACAUUAUUUUACACAUCAUUCAAAAACGUCUGUAUACAAAAAUCCUUAAAUAUUUCUGCCAGUGAAGUGCAAAAAGCUUAAUGCUCUCAAGGAAAGUCACUUUUUUCGCAGACGGACUUCGGAACGGCACCUAGUAGGUUUCAAACGUGAAGCGUCUGCGAUCAUAAAACUGAUUUCCAAAAGUGUUUACGGGGCUUCUCGGCCGAGAAAAUCGACCGCAAAGUUUAGCCGAAAUGAGCGAAUAGCCUCCUCAAAAGAAACAGCUUAUUUCAUCUGCAGUGGUGGCCGAGUGGUCAGCGCGCUCGUUUUUUGCGCCAGAAGAGGCGGGUUCGAUCCUCUGCGCAGUUUGUUUUCUUUUUGGCUUCGUAAAUAUUGAUUUAGUAUGUAAACAUAGAAUGUAUACACUUUUGUAAUUUUUUUACAGUAAUUUAAACAUAAAUUCAAAGCUGAAUGUUCAUGAAUAUUGUAAAGUCAAAACAGGGCUGGGUUAAUGAAGAUAUAGUUCCUAAAUUUGUGUUUUAUUAAAAAUUGCUAAUAAUUAGCAUAUGUGAUGUUAACGGCAUCUCUCUAUUUGAUUCAAUGGCCAAAAGAAAUGCAUCCGCAGACGACCGAAGUCGAACUCACGUCUUCUGGCGCAAAAAGCGAGCGCGCUGACCACUCGGCCACCACUGCAGAUGAAAUAAGUUGUUUCUUUUUAGGAGGCUAUUCGCUCAUUUCGGCUAAACUUUGCGGUCGAUUUUCUCGGCCGAGAAGCCCCGUAAACACUUUUGGAAAUCAGUUUUAUGAUCGCAGACGCUUCACGUUUGAAACCUACUAGGUGCCGUUCCGAAGUCCGUCUGCGAAAAAAGUGACUUCCCUUGUCAGAUGUUUUCCAAAUUUGGUCCAAACAAUCUUUAUGGGCCUCAUGUUGAUUCCUACAAAUCUUUGCUUACCAUUUGUAAAAACGGCUGAGUUUUCCAACGAUCUUUUUCGACGAGAGACUGUAAAAUUAGGAGAGGCGGUCAGAGAAAAAAACGACUUUAUAUUUUUUCUGCUCACGUUAGAAAAAAUUGCCUUAGAAAAGUUUUCUCCCACAUUACAAACAGACAAUAAAUUUUUCAAAUUGAAAAUCGGCCAAAAAACAAGUCUUUCUAUUUCAGUUCGUCCUAGUCCAGGGUCGCUACAUCCAUUCCUUGGAGCAUUACAAGGCCAUAAAUCAGUUGAUGCAGGCUUCCCAUAAGAUCCAGCCCCUCUUCUCAGCCUUCUGUCAGCCUCUGAUUAACCCCGAAAAUGCAGAAAGUUUGGCCAUGGGCAAUCCGAAUAUCUUUUGUAUGGUCUUAUCCAUGGAUUUGCUGAUAAAAGAGAUGAAUUUGAAUGCGAAAGAGAUGCUAGGAUACAAUGAUCAUGAUUACAUCAACUUGUACUCGAUUAUCCAUCCCGAAGAUCUCAUUCAAUUAUCCGAAAACCACUGUAAAUGUAAGUAAAAAGGAGGCAGGAGUCUUCUUGUUACAUUGAAUAAUUACGGGGCUCAAUUGUAGGCUGCCAUUAGGUUUAGUUGUAUCCUACACGCCGCUUUCGGUAUUUGUGAGCCAUAAUUAACGAGUUUAUAAAUAAAUUUGAAUAAUAAUUUGAGUAAAUUACAGUAAUCCGCGACAAGGAGGGUAUCAUCGUCUGCUUGAUUCGAUUGGAAAAUGCCUCCAAAAAGUUCAUCUGGCUUCAUUCCGUGUUCGUUUGCAAAUUAAGCCCCGAGAAUUGCCCUUUCAUUCAGGCCACAUUCCAAGCCGUAGGGUAAGUGGACAAAUCAAACUAAAGUAAUGUCAUUCAAGCCACGCUUUACCCUAUUUCCAAGCAAUUUAAGUUCCUUGUACUCGAAAUUAUGUACCUCAUUCCAACAGGGAAAGCAAUAAUUUUUGCAAGGGAUUUAAAUCGACUAAUAAUUAUUUUUUUGAACAAGUGUCAAGUGUAAUAUAAUUUUUGGUCCUUCAAAUGUUUUAUUUUUAGCCAACAAGAAGGUCUGGCCCUCCAAAAGGCAUCCUGGGUGUAUUGUCCAUCCACUUAUCAGAGUAUGAGGGACAAGGAGCAGGAAUUCGAAGUCAGUUCCCCAGAAUCUUCGGCCAGUCAUGUGCAAGAUAAGACCGACGGCCAUGAGGUAAGAUACACUUGGUAUAACAACAGUGAAUAGAUGAGCUCUUUAUUAGAGAUCUUUGCCCACGUAAUAAGCGCUGCAUAACAGAGAAAUUGAUUUCUGAUUCGCACAAAAAUGACAUGUGUUGUUAACGUGUCUUGAAGGUCUUUGUACAUUAAUUCCGUGUUGGCUUUACAUUAAAAAUGAAGCCAAUAUGUCUCCAUUCGCGAAAUGGUCAGGCAUUUGCGUUUUUGAGAAUGAUGAUUUGUCCAUAUACAUAUUAGACUAGACGUCUAAAUUUUCAGAUCUUGGAAACAAAGCCUUUGCCUCGAGUUCCCGAUCUCAACAAUAAUAAUAAUAACAACAAUAUUGUCGUGCCAAAAAUACUGUUGGACUUUCCGGAUCCGGCCAAUGAAUUUGGCUAUCCCUUCCCGGAGCCCUUAUCUUUAUGCCCAGCCAGUUUAUUCGGAUAUCCAUUACCUGAACUGGGCGAUGACUUGGACGAAUAUUUCAGACAAGUUGAGCAGGAAUCGCCGAGUAGUCGGAAGAGAGAACACAGUCAAACAACUCCUUCCACGGCCUCCACCACCUCCUGUUAUGAUUAUGAUCCUGAUCCGGCGUCAUAUCCCAAGAUUAAGCGAGAAUCGAUGCCUUUAUUGGGGGAAUUCCAUCAAGUCGAAGGUGGCCUCGUCGAUUACAGACCUCAUUCCACAAUGGGCAGCUGGACUGGCCUUCCAAGUACGAAUAAUAACGAGUAUUUCUACGAGAAAAAUUUGAUUAUAUAA